UAUUUUAAAAAAAUCCAAGCAUCCACCACUGACCCCAUGGCAGACUUUGAGUUGAGCCAAAGGAGUGUAAUUUAACUUCAGGGUGCACAUUUUUGUCUCCCUCCCUCUCGCCCUCGGAUCUAGCCUGAUCCAGUCUGGGUGCAGCGGACUUCUUGGUGCGAGAUAAUCGGCAGAUGAUGUGAGUUAAUGAAGCGGAGAUGCGGGGGGACAAACUCGGACGCGCUCCUCUACAAUCAGUGCAGGUGCGCAACAAGUGAGCGAGAGGAGGACGCGAGGGGACAGACUACAGAAUAAAGGAAGUAACGGGAGGGAGAAGGAAGGAGAUAAAGCACAAACACUCCCCGGCUCCUCGCUAUGGAUACGGGGCAGAGCGCGCAGGUCGCAGACAUGGGAGGAGAGCACUCCGCCGGGGUGUGCGUGGUGGAGCGGGACCGGGAGAGGGGCGAGGUGUCCAGCCCGUGUCCGCCGGCCAAGCAGCGCUCCCUGCGGGUGGUGUACGUCCUGAACGACGGGCUGAAGUCGGUGAUGGCCAGCAGCCCGGAGUCCGGAGCUCUGCAGUGUCUGCAGAGAGCCUGCGACUCGGAGAGCGCGCUGCUCACCACCGUCACCUUCGGACGGCUGGACUUUGGAGAGACAUCGGUGCUGGACAGUUUCUACGAUGCAGACAUUGCAGUAGUGGACAUGAGCGAUGUGUUUCGGCAGCCCUCCUUGUUUUACCACCUGGGCGUGAGGGAGAGCUUCGACAUGGCCAACAACGUCAUCCUGUACCACGACACUGACCCUGACACCGCUCAGUCACUGAAGGACAUGGUGGCACAGAAAAACACAGCCUCUCGUCCUCCAGCGUUAGGUUUUCCCUGGGUUCAGUUGCCUCCAGAGUACAGAAGCUCUGGAUUGCGCAAUAAAGCGUCCAGUGGUAACUACUACUUCAUCCCCUACAUCGUGACUCCGAACCAUGAGUACAUGUGCUGUGAGAGCGACGCCCAGCGCAGAGCCAGCGAGUACAUGCAGCCCAGCUGGGACAACCUGCUGGGGCCGCUCUGCGUCCCCCUGACCGACCGCUUCACCAGCCUGCUCAAGGACAUCCACGUCACAUCCUGUGCGUCCUUUAAAGACACCCUGUUAAAUGACAUCAGAAAGGCCAGAGAGAAGUACCAGGGAGAGGAGCUCGCCAAGGAGCUUUCGCGCAUCAAACUCCGAAUCGACAACACAGAGGUGCUCACCCAGGACAUCGUGAUGAACCUGCUGUUUUCCUACAGAGACAUACAGGACUACGAUGCCAUGGUGAAGCUGGUCCAGACGCUGGAGAUGCUGCCCACUUGU